AUGUCCACACGGAAGCGCAACGAAUGGCUCGAAGCCGAGGAGAGUGACGAUGAGCGCGGCUACGAGUCCGAAGAAGAAAGCAGAGCCCGCACACUGCCCUCCGCGAAACGUCAGAAAACCGCACACUCCGACGACGAAGACGAUGGCUACAAUUCCGAAGACGACGCAGAGCCAGAAGACCACGAUGACGAUCCAAUAUCCAGCAAAAACGCCGAGCUGAAGCGCCUCGAAGAAAUCGCCGCAGGCCUCCCCCAAGAUCUAAAGCUUGCAGCAGACAAAAUCUCCGGGAAACCAAUCGACCUUAAAGCGCCCAAGAAAGACAAAUCCGGCGUCAUAUACAUCUCCCGCGUGCCACCCUUCAUGAAACCCACCGUCAUGCGCUCAAUGCUCACGCCCUACGGCGGCGUGGGUCGCAUUUUCCUGACGCCCGAAGACACAACGUCACGGCAGCAGCGGCUACGGGGCGGCGGGACACGGCGCAAGCUCUUCCUUGACGGCUGGGUCGAGUUCACACACAAGCGGGAUGCCAAGUUUGUGGCCGAGAACCUCAAUGCGCAGACCAUGGGCGGCAAGAAGCGCGGGCGCUGGCACGACGAGGUCUGGAAUAUCAAGUACCUUAGUGGCGUCAAGUGGGCGCAUCUCGUCGAGCAGAUUCAGAAUGAGAAUGCCGAGCGUGCGGCGAGGUUGAGGUUUGAGAUCCAGCAGAGUAAGAAGGAAAAUAAGAGGUUCCUUGAAAAUGUCGAGAGGGGGAAGAUGGAGAGCGGAAUCAAGGCGACAAGGGAGAAGAGGGGGGAUGUCGUAGAUGCGACAGAGGACAGCGCGCCUGCAGAGGGGAAGAAGAAGGGCAAGAGGAGGUUGGAGUUUAAGCAGCACGCGGCAACGAGUAAGAGUGAGAAGAAGCCUGAGCCGGGGCAGGAUGUGCAAAGGGUGCUGAGCAGUAUCUUUUGA